AUGGAGCAAAUAUGGUCAUGGGUUUUAGACCACUGGGCAUUCUGCACGUUCGUUCUUGCGUGUUUUGUGCAGAUAACACCGAUCAUCAAAUUUAAUCCCUUCACGGCGCUAUUCAGCUGGAUCGGGAAGGUGAUAACCAGAAACAUCGAGACGGAGCUGAGUGAAGUAAAGAACACAUUGAAUCAGCACAUCAGAGACGACGACAUGAACCAAAUAGACGACAUACGGAAUGUGGUGCUGGAUUUUGCAAAUUCGUGCAGGAACGGACGCCGGCAUUCAAAAAGUGAAUUUGAGCACAUCAUCGACCUCAACACAAAAUACGAAGCACUGCUUGGAAAAUAUAAGCUGACGAACGGCGUGUUCACGGAAGACUAUAAAUAUGUGCUUGGAGUAUAUAACGACAACCUGACGAACAACAGUUUUUUAGCCAUCACGCGGGGCGACAGCGCGGACAUCACGAUCAACAUCACAGGCGAAAGUGUGCCCGACAAUACCGAUGCGCUGGUCACGCUGAAAGACCCUGACAAAAUGGAUGAGAAGAUUUGGGAGAUGGAAAUGAACCCCAUCGACAACGUGCUGUAUAUCGAACUGACAGGAGAAUACACGGAUCUCGCGCCCAAGAAAUAUGUGUGGGAUGUCAGGUUCAUCUAUAGCAGCGGAAAAGUAUACACGCCCAUUCCCCCUUCCCCGUUCGUAAUUCUUGAACCGGUGGGAGAAGUGGAAGCCGGAGAUGGUAUCGAUGGUUAA